AUGCCGCCCUCCUCAGGGGACGACAGUGGUACUCAGGCCAUUGCACCCCAUCCUUCUGCCGCUCUCGCCGAUAAUGGUCUGACGUGGCGGGCGAUAGUGUGCGCCCUCAUUCUCGGCACAGGCGUUUGCCUCACCAACAUGUACUUUGGGCUGCAAGCCGGUAUGGUAAAUGCCAUGCCGAUGCAGAGCGCACUGCUUGGUUUCGCAUUUCUUCAGUGCUUCAAAGCUCAUUUCUCGACGGCCCUGACGCCCCAGGAAAUAGCUCUCAUCGAGGUCAUGGCCGGCGCCCUUGGCCUUGCUCCCUUCACAUCCGGGUUAACGUCCUUUAUCUCUGCCUUACAAUUUCUUGUCGAUUCAGACCACGAUACCGGACUCGAAUUUACAACAUCCCAGCUCCUUAUCUGGUCUUUAUCGACAUGUGUACUGGGUAUUGUCCUAGGCGCGCCGUUCAGACGUCUCUUCAUUCUUCAAGAAAAGCUUCGCUUCCCCUCAGCAACUGCUACGGGCACCUUGAUUGGCGUACUCUUUAACCGCAAAGACAUUAUUGCUCGUGCGAAUCCGUCAUCAAAACCUACACCCGAUCAGACAUUGGGAGAUGCACAAGCGACACCGUCCACUGGUUUCGAAGGUCAUGUUUGCGACAGUAGCUCAGCCAUCCGUCACGACUAUGAUGAGCCCACCGUCAAACAAGACGAACACCGUUCCAACAUCAGAAUUCUUCUGCUUUCACUAGUAGGUUCUGCCACCUUUGGCAUUGUGUCUUACCUUGUGCCCGUGCUGCACCGCGUCCCUCUAUUCGGCAGCGAGAUAGCCGAGAAAUGGCUGUGGGCAUUGGACUUGUCACCGGCGUACUUAGGAUACGGCAUCAUCAUCGGACCGGCGAUCAACACAUACACGUUGCUUGGUGCUGUUGUAGGAUGGGGAAUACUGUCUCCAAUAGCCAAAUAUAAUGGAUGGACGCCUGGGUCUGUGGACGAAUUUGACAAUGGCGCCCGUGGAUGGAUCCUUUGCGUGGGCAUGGGACUUAUUCUCGGUGACACGUUUGUUGCACUGGCUUGGAUCACCAUCCAACUAAUUGGCAACUCCGUCAAAGCGUCGUUAGUUUCACGGAGUCGAUCCCCAGCCGACCACCUACAAGAGCAAGUUUCUUUGUUGUCCGGUUCCUCUGUUAUACAUGACGAUAGGCAGGUGGAAGACCAUAGCCUUCCUGAUCAGCACUGGUCCAGCUCUUCCCUUGUUACACCCUCCUUGGUCUUUUGGCUCGGUAGCACCCUUUUCUUCGUGCUAUUAGUAUCGCUACUUCUGGGCUUCAGGCAUGUCGUGUCUUCCUUUGCGAUACCAAUCACUGCUUUGAUGAUGCCGUUCGCAGCCCUCAUCUCGAUGCGCUCACUUGGAGAGACAGACAACGGUGCAAGUCUCGCAAUUGGAAGACUUGCACAAUUCAUUAAUGCAUUGGUUGUGCCCCUGUCGAGCACAAUGUUUACAUCUACGAACCUUCUAAUGAGUGGCGCUAUUGAAUCUGGUGCUUCGCAAGCCUCACAGCAUAUGGGUGGUCUUCGCACUGCAUAUAUGACCAACACGGCGCCAAGACUAAUUCUUCAUGCUCAGAUGCUUGGAUCGUAUGUUGGUUCUUUUGUUGCUGUGUCCCUCUACAAGACAUACACAUCUAUCAAGAAGAUACCCAGCCAAGAGUUUGGGAUACCAGAUGCACGCCUGUAUAUUGUUACCGUACAAAUGAUUCGGCAGCAAGGUCUUCCGCCGAAGGCAAUGGAAUUUGCAUCGGUUGCCUUCAUGAUUGGGGCUAUUUGCGGCGGUCUUCGGAUAGUCGGAAAAGAUCAUUGGUGGCGAUACUUGGUUCCGUCAGCCGUGGCCAUGGCCGUAGGUAUGUAUAUCCCUCCAGCUAUUACGAUUCCUCGUGCCAUCGGGGGUUUGAUUCCCGUCGUAGCACAGCAGCAAAGUAGUCUCACUAGCUUCACAAUGACCUGUUGCGCAACAGGAUUGAUCCUUGGACAAGGGCUUUUCAGUCUCGUUGCCCUGUUGCUCGAUGCCUUUCAUGGGUGA